GCGAUUAUGUCGCGUGUAAAAAUCGCGAACGCGCAACGUCACUGACGCAGAUCGUCCAUUGCGAAUCUUGCGAUAUCACGGCCGGUGCUUAUCGUACAAAGUAUAAAAGCCGCUAGCCUAUUCGCAGGGGGCAUCAUUAAAACUCGACGGAGGGCAUUGUGUGAAGCUACACGCGCAUUCCGUUGCGUCCAUUCCGCGCAAUUCGACGGUAUCAUGAAGAUAUCGUCGCAGAGCGUGCUCUUUAUCCUGGUGUACGUCCUGGCGAUCGCCCUGAGAAUCUCGGCGCUGCCUGAAAUAUGCAUAUAUGGAAACAGACAAUUGACCGUGGGCCAGACAUACGUUGAUUGCUACGUUAAGGUGACGUGCCACGCGAAAGGAGUGUACGACGUGUCGCAGUCAUGCAGAAAUUACUUCUGCGAGCGAGCGAGCAUGUGGCGCGGCUACAAACGAUUCGACAGUUCGAAGCCCUACCCGGACUGCUGCGGCGGAUCGAUCUGCGCAGACGGUCGCGUGAUCUACUACAACAACCCGAUGAGAUCCUACAGACCGAAAAGAUCCAUCAAACGGUCCCCGCACGUGAUGGGAAUAAAAUUUGCCUGAGCGCCGGCCACGUCGCCGUGGCCGUAAACGAAAAUUGUGCAGCAGCGCGCCCCGCUGACGCAUCAUUUUUCAACGUUGACACUUGGCACUAACUCGGAAGAAUCUCGGAAAGCAACCACACGAAGACAGGUCCGCUGCCGGAUCGCCGGAUCGGAUUCAUUCGCAGACUUGGAUUGAAGAGUGUUCUCGAGGAGCAUCCCCCGCGAGAGUUACCGACUAUCCGGCGGUCGACAUUUCUCGAAACCAUUCCCCUCGCACCAGGGUAACGAUCAUGUAACCUUUCUCCCACGAGCAGAAAUGCGAAAGAUGAAAAGUUUCGCGCGUGAUGGGCCUUUUCCUCCGGAGCGAGCUCGUAAAAAGCGAAAAUUUUCUAAUCAGAAAACGUGGAGACGUGUUCGCUCUUUUCGCGAGUUAUGAUGGCUCCUCAGCGCAAUGCAAUUUUUCGAGCGAUGAAACUCUUCGCAUUUCCGCUCUUGAAAGGAAGUCACACGACUGGCGCCCAAGAGGACUCUAAGAGGCCGUCUCUUCAUGAUCAUCCUACUCAAGUCUCACGAAGCGGCUCAUCCGCUCGGAGAGAGCGCAUUGUUUUUCAUCGCCAAAAGAAAGCCUCAUCGUUUGAAGUCUUCUCUUUAUGACGGCAAAGAUGACGGUUCCGUAUUCUUACACGCAUAAGAUGACAAGCCGAGAGUACUGACAAAAUUUUUCAUUUGCAUUUUGCCUCGGCGGAAAGCCCGUUUCUUCUAGCUGCACCUUGCACGAUCGGUCGCUUUCUUUCUCUCUCUCUCUCUCUCUCUCUCUCUCUCUCUUGGGUCAGAGAAAGAGAGAGUAGAUUCGCGGACGGCAAGGACGCAGCGAGGAGGACGGGCAGCAUCCUUGCAUAAUGAAUCGUGAAUCAACGCGGGAUUUACGUCGCUGAAGCAGCCGUCAAGUACCAUGCGCUCGUCUGCGUCAAGCUUUCGUUUCGGCAGAGACCGACGCGAGUUUCUCGCGUAUAUAUUAUUAUUAUUAUACAUGCACAUAUAAGAUAAACGACAA